AUGUCCGUCAAAAUCCCACGUCAGUUUUACUCGUCAAACCGUAAUUUACCUCGUACCUUGUUGACUGCACCAACCAUCGAACCAACUAUCAAAAAAGAGAAGAGAGUCUUUGAUGGGAUGAGUCCAGAACAAAUCACGUUGAUGGUGUGUCCUGGCCAAUUCAGACAAGUCUAUAUCAGUAUCACAGACACGCUUGGAGAGAAGUUUAAAGAGCUUGGAUUGGUCGUCGAAGACAAAAAAGUCAUCGGCGGGCCGCUUGAUGUGCUUCUUAAUUGGGCACUCACGCCAGAAAAUUCCGACUACGAGUUCUCGAAAAUACUGUUGGUCAAUUAUAGAGUGUAUUGCAAGUCCGUUGAGUUACUCCAGUUGGUCGAUAAAAGGUGUGAGGAGAUUUUACAGUUAACAGGCGAGCCCGAAAAGAGCUUAAAACAGAAGUGGGCCAAAAUCACCAUUUUCAUGAAGAACUGGACGGAGCUCCUCCCCCACGACUUCGUCGAAAGUGACAUGGAAAAGGGUAUCAAGGACUUCAUUGAAAAGUAUUCAUCACAGUUUGCUGGUAUUGCGCAAGUCAAAAAAAUGGUUGACAACGCAAAAAGUCUGAAGCCUAAUUUUGACAUCUUUGAAAAGGUCGAGACGGAGUCCAAAUCGAAAAUAGGCGAUAAGUUGAAAAACCUGAAUGAACUGACAGCGGAACAAAUUGCUCAGCAACUUUCCCUCUAUGAAUUUGAGUUAUUCAAAUCGAUUGAAACAAAAGAUUUCUUGGGAUCGGCGUGGACGAAAAAAGAUAAGUACGAACGAUGCCCACAGCUGUGUUACUUCUUGGACCAUUUCAAUGGUGUAACUAACUGGGUUUCUUCAACUUUAGUGAAUGAACCCGACGCUCAAGUGCGUGCGCAACUCAUUUCUAAAUACAUAGACGUCGCUAAAAUCAUGUACGACAACUUAAACUUCACGGGGUUCUUCGAGUUCUAUUCUGGAAUCAAUUCUUCUGUUGUCAGUCGAUUAACUAAAACGAUGGAAUUAGUUCCUAAUGCGAGUGAACGACUUGAGCCGAUGAGAAAAGCAGCGGACCCUUCGAAAAGCUAUGCGGCGUAUCGAAAAUACAUUCUUGAAAACAAAACAAAGGGAUACAUCCCAUUCAUUGGUGUCGUCAUCCAAGACUUGACCUUCAUCGAUGAAGGCAACCCAGACAAAACAGAGAAGGGCGAUGUCAACUUCGAGAAGUGUCGGAUGAUGGCAAAGCAACUCUUUGUCAUCAAAGAAUUACAAGACAACCAACACUCGGCGUUUAAACCUUUACCCUUCUUUAAAGACUUUAUUACACUCGUCGGGUCACACAAAGAAGACACAGAGAAUGCUCUUUAUCAACUCUCCUUGAAAAUCCAGCCUAGAGGUAACUGA